AUGGAGCUUGUGGCGAGCACCGUGAGUGCGAUUUCGCCGCCUGCUCCUCGGCGGGGGAGACGGGAGAAGCCAUGGCCUCCUGGAAAACAAAAGAAGUUGCUGCGUCUCUACGUGUGCACACAGAGCGAGCGGUUGCCACUGGUUCGCAUCCUCGAGCGCCUCAAGGACGGCACAUUUGACCCUAGGCAACGUAACUCCCACAAACACUUGAAGAACUUGCUUCCGGACCGGAGGAUCGAUGACUGGCGGCCACGCGAUCUGGCCACUAUGUUAGUGCGUGUGAGGUUUCUGCGUUCGGUGAGAGCAGAGCGGAGGAUCAGGAACCGCAAGGUUCGAAGGCGGCUGGAGACGCAACCACAAAACUUUGCGAUUCAGGACAUGCUCGAUCCCCUGGACCACCGCAUGUCCAUUGACCAACCCCUCGCUAUGGAUAAGCUUCUUCCACCACCUUUAUACCCCCACAGCCCGAGUACAGACAGUCCCUCGACCGUCAAACAAUCCGAAUCUGCUGGCUCCACACCACAAGCCAUCAGCCAUGAUAUCCCAGAGAUGCCCGAUGCGUACCCCCGGGACAAAUCGCCCUCCCCCUCACGAACUUCCUCGACGACACCCUCGACGAAAUCCGCUAAGCGCCGGUCGUGGGCAUCUGUUCUUUCGAGUAUCUCGUCCGGCAUUUCGAGUCUCGCGCGCUCCUCUUCUUCGGCAUCUUCCAAGAACGUCAACGCGAACCCAACUAAUGCGAACACGGCGCUUAGCAAGAUGACGCGGGACGAGUUCCUGACCAUGCUUCAGGAAAAGCCACGCAAACCCACCAAGUCCACUGGCGCGCCAGGCAUGGGGGCCUUCUUCAAAUCCAAGUACUCGACCGUGAACCCGACAACCGAGGAUCUCAACUCGGCACUUGUCCGCAUGUGCUGCGCGGCGUCUGUCGCCCGAGGGUUUUCUGGUUGUGUGCAUGAGCGCCUGUCUAAGGCGAUUGAUGCGCAGCGGACAGAUGGCCGCGACUUUACGCAAUUCCGGGUCACUGAGGAAGAAGCUAAUAUGGUGGACAAAUACGGGAAUUCGCUGCUUCACGUGGCCGCCCGGUGGGGAGCUCGUAUCUCUAUCUUGUUGAUGAUCCUCAAACGCACUGAUGACGUUCAGCUGGUCAACCACCGCGGAGAGACAUUCCUUCAUGUGUUUGAUCCCCCCGAAAGCCCUCGAAUGCGCCCUGUAUCAUUCCUCAACCUCAUCCGCACCUUGCGGUCCCGUGGCUUCGACUUUUGCCACCGAGAUGUCGACAAGCACACGUUUCUUCAUCACAUCGUGGCCAAGAAGGAGUUCCCCAUUGAGACGCUGUAUUACGUGUUCAAGGAGGUGGGCUACGGGGCCGCUCGGUUCCUCAUCGCCAACAAGUCCGCAAACGGGGAGAGGCUAUGGCACAGCAUCCGGAGGAAUCUCGAAAAGGCCGCCCCAAAACUUCACCGCAUCUUUGGCGACGAGGUCGAGUUUAUCCGCCGAUACCUUCCUGAAUUCUCCUCCGAGGGCAAAGCCCCAUCCACUGCGGACACCUCCACCAUCGGAUCCGACAGCUUAAUAUCCAUCCACCCGACCGAACUCGCCGUCACCAGCCCCGUCACCCUUGACCCUAACGAAAGCAACGCUCAAAAUGUCCGUCGGUCGCCCAUCAUGAAGCUCCUCCGCCGCGCUGCAGCAGGGCGCGCUGGGCUGACCGACGUUGAGCUCACGGCAAAACUCGAGACCAUUUUCGAGACCGCGUCCAAGGCGACAGAAUUCGAAAUGCAAGCCUUCCUCGGGAAGCGCGACAAUGAGGGCAACACGGCCCUGCAUUACGCCUCCGAGUUCGGUCUCGUCCCCGCUGUGCAACUUCUCUGCGCCAAGGGCGCCUCCGUCAACGUCUUCAACAACUGCGGCAACACCCCUCUGCAGCUUGUCAAGUUUGCCAUUCAACGGACAGACGUCCGGUCCGACAUCCACAUGGAAGCACGCUACCUACGCUGUGCCGUGCUCCUGCUCGAGCAAGGCGCUUUCGACCAAAGCAAGCUUGUCAGCGAGCGUUCCGUCAUCUUCCCUUACGAUGUGUUUGACGGCAGCGAGCGGUCUAUCAGCAACCUCAUGCGCCAAGGCGUAGCCUCGCAGUGCCGCGGGUUGCAUCUUCUCACCUCGUCGGUGCGCCACCACUCACCAACAUACCUAGAGGGGUUAGAGUCGCAGUUCUGCUCCCAUGGACAUCACCAUCACCAUGAAGGAAACCUCCUUCAACACGGCCAGUACUCACCAACCGACCUUGGCGAAGGGACUUCGGCCAUGCCCAUGUCGUUAACGUUCCAGACGUCGGUGCUGGCCCCGGAGGUGGCAUCAACUUCAUGA